AUGUCCCGCCGUUACGAACGGAUGCGUGAAACCUUCUUCGAUCUCUAUACUGAACGAGACGCAUUACCCAGUUACUACCGAGCGGUAGCCCUUUCUUCGACAUGGCUGGCGCUGGGUGGGUACAUAAUAUUUGCUCUGGCAUUCACUUCCGAGGAAGAGAAUCUGAAGAUUGGUCGGAAACCGCUCAUUGGGGUCGCAGCAACAUUUCUUACAAUUGGGUAUGCAAUUAGUGGCCUGUCAGCAUUCUUCAGUCGCAGCCUCAUGUUCACCUUCGAUGCCGUCCUCAUGCCCGUCCUGACCUCGUCGUUCAUGGGCGUCUUCGUCACCGUCGCCAAUCAUGCUCUCCACCGCCAGUUCCCUAUCUCCAACCAGAGUCUGAUUUACGUCCCACUAGUGAUCUCGUGUAUCGCUACAAUCGCCACUUCUGCUGUUGCUAUCAUCACAUAUCGAAAAAUAUCAAAUAUCAAGUCACUGGAUACACAGCGCAGGCAACAUGUUAAGAGAUGGGAUAGAACAUCGUCCGUAAGUUAUGGAGAUGCGACAUCAACCUCAGAGCUGUUGCCCAUGAACAACAUGAACAUGAAUUCAAUCACUUUACCAGAAGACGAGGCGCAGAGACGUCAACUUCUGCGGCUACUGUUAUCUCGAGAAUCAGCCGAAUCUCCAGGCCUGACCUUGACACCCAGCACUUAUCAAAUCACCUUGCCCUCCGAGAACCCGAAUUGUGAUGCACCACAGGUCGUUGUACCGGGUCAGCGACCUCGUGCAGGAAGUCUUCCAGGCACUGGCAAACUCGGCAUAUUAGGCAAGAUCGGCAGGGACCGUAGCCCAACCGUGGAGAGUUUCAAAAAUCCUCGAGAACGAAGACGAGACGAAAUCGAGCGGUCAUCCAUGCUUCUUACCCCAAGCAGUGAUACGGGAUGGGGACAUACCCUGUCAACCUCGAGCCGCUCUCAUGGCUCUGGCUACUUCAAUGGCUCACCGCACCAUGUAUAA